UCAAUAUGAUUGAACAAUUACCUGAUGAUCAAUUGAAGCCUGCAGCUCAUUUAUUUAACAAAAUGAGAUAUGAUAAAGGGACAAAUGAAGAUAAACUGCUUUUGCCUUUUUUACAAGAUAAGGCAUUAAACUUUAUAAAAACGUCUCUUUACAAGCUACAUCAAGAUUCUGGCUCAUUAGUUCAAAACAACAAAACCUUGCAAAAAAAAAUAAAUCAACUAGAAAAUUCAAAUGCUAAAAAAAUUAAUAAGGUCAAACAAUUAGUGGGAACAUUAUCAUAUUAUAAGCGUAAAAAGAGUCGACAUAUCUUAAAAAUACAUGCUACUGCACGUAAAUCUCAACUUGCAGAUUCACAAAGCUUGAACGCAACCAUUCAGGCAAUGAUUAUGAAAGAUAAGCAUCAUUAUACAACACAAUUCAUAAAUAUGGCAGCUCAAGUAUCGCAAAUUGGUCAAAUAUCAUUUAGAAGUACGGUUCAAGCUACACAGUUAAUCUUGGGUUUUUUAACUGGAGAAAGUUUAUCUUUGCCGAUUUCAUCUAGAUCAAUUAUUCGAUAG